GGCUGUAUCUACUGUCCGACUGGAAACUUGUGCCGUAAAACAGAAAGGGGUUCUGGGGAAAAUAGUUGUUGUCGCGCAAUACGGCUUAUAACACAGCUAUUAUGAAAUUCAUAGCGCGGAAUCUAUGUUUGAACGUUAAUAAAGGGAACAGUAAGGCUAAAAAGUAGAAUUAUGAUUUGAAAUGCGCGUCGUUUAGGGAUAUAUAUGUGGUUAUUUUGCUGUCCAAUGGUGACAGCUAAUCUCGCUAACAGACCUAGCCGAGGUUGUGUUUACCAUCAUGGACAGGGAGGCGUACCGCAACUGCUGCAGCCUGGCAAAAAUAACAAGACAGUCGUAUGAACAGUUUUGGUCGUCACAUUUCUUAGAUUACAUCGAUAAAGAACUCAGCUACUCCAAGUUUUUCAAGAAAUACCUGCUCCCAAACCACCCAUGUAUGUUCUCAAAGAGGUUUACAGAGGACUGGAAGUGUAGGAAACAGUGGGUGUCUGAGGAGGGGAAGCCUCAUUUCCAGAAACUGCUCCAACAGUUUGGUAAUUAAAUCUAUUCUUGCUGCUUUAACAUGUACCAAAUAUUAUUAUUAUGUAUCUACUGCAAUGAAUGGCGUAAUGUAAGGUGCUGUAAGGUCAUGUCUGUCUUUCUAGAUGAGACUCCUGUUCCUGUUGCAAAUUGCAAUGCAAAGGAGUAUAACGCAAACCCCAAACAAGUCAUGCCUUUUAAAGAAUUCAUACAGUACUGGAAGGAAUAUAUCCAGAAUGGCCACUCUUCACCUAAAGGAUGUCUUUAUCUAAAAGACUGGCACAUGACAAGGUAUCAAUCAAGGAUUUCAUUCAUACUUUCAUGUACCUAUGACAAACUAUACUGUGGUUAAUCCUGCAUUCUUAUUUUACAGGGACUUUCCAGAACAUAAUGUUUACACCACACCAGUCUAUUUCUCGUCAGACUGGCUGAAUGAAUACUGGGAUACACUUGAAGUAGAUGACUACCGCUUUGUCUACAUGGGACCCAAAGGCUCAUGGUGGGGAACUAUUGAGAUAAUAGUAAAAUAGUGAUUAUUACUUUAUUUUGUUCCUUAAUUAAAUAAUCAGAUUUUAUAUUAUUUUUAGAAUGUACAUAGAACCAUAUAUCAUUUAAAUUCAAAUAAGGUAGAGAAUGACAAGGUAAGGAUAAAACAUGAGGGGGAAAAAAAGAAAAAAAAAGCAAUUAGAAGGGUAAACAAAGAAAAACCCCAACAACACAACAGUGUGUCAUAAAUUUAAGAAAUAUGUGUCCUUGUAUAAAGUAUUUUUUAUCAUUAGCUCAGUCUGGGACCCCCUAAACCACCAUCUCUCCUCUGUAUAGUUUCAUGUUGACCUUUAGGCAGGUAAUCCAUAAGGGGCUGCCAUGUGUCCAUAAAGAUAUCAUCAUUCCCUUUAAUUUGGCACUUAGCCUUUCCAUCAGUAAAACUCUUAAAAAAAAAACUUUGCACUACUGAGUUACAGUGGGAGGUUUGCCGCUAGUCCUAUUAAAUAGUAUAGAUUUUCUGGCCAAAAAUUAGAGUUUAUUAAGUCAUUUUGAUCUUUUCACAUCCAUAACUCUAUUUGUAGGUGACAGCCCCAAUAGAAACUGGCCUGGAUCUUUACAGAUCUUGUUUUUGAAUAUUGCUGACACUUCCUUAGCUACACAUGACCAGAAAAAAGUGGGAGAUUUUUAAACAACCUCUCUCUUACUCUGUCACAAGGACCCCUUUCCAUGCCGAUGUGUUCCGCUCCUACAGUUGGUCUGCAAACAUCUGUGGCAGAAAGAAAUGGCUCCUGUAUCCCCCUGGUCAGGAGGAGUUUUUACGAGACACGCAUGGCAACCUCCCUUAUGAUGUCACAUCAGCUGAACUUCGAGAUAAGGGCCUCUAUCCACACUCUGAGGAAGCAUGUCAGCCUCUUGAGAUUAUUCAAGAGGCUGGUGAAAUAAUUUUUGUGCCUAGUGGCUGGCACCAUCAAGUUUAUAAUCUGGUAAGAUCUGUAAAAUUAGCAAAUGCACUAAAAAUUGUUACCCAGCUUUGUCAAAGUAAUUCUAUCAUUUUCGUCUUGCAGGAAGACACCAUCUCUAUUAAUCACAACUGGCUGAACGGCUGCAACAUAGACAUCAUGUGGCAGUUUCUUCAGAAUGAGCUGUCAUCUGUGCAGAAAGAGAUAAAUGAAUGGAGAAACACGAUGGACUCAUGGCAUCAGCACUGCCAGGUACUUCAAGUUUUAGACUUCUGAAAACCCUUGCACCAUGAAUGUUGUAAAUAAAUAUAACAAGUCAAUGUUUCUUUCCAGGUAAUCAUGAAAGCCUGCUCUGGUAUUGACUAUGGAGAAUUUGCUUCAUUCCUGAAAAUUGUUGCCAACAACAGGAUGGCAUUCCUAAAUGCUUGUUCCUCUGGAGACUCCUCUGAUUAUCCCAGGCAUCUUUCUGAGACCCUCACCACUCUUGGACCUUAUCACGCUGCCUUUGACCUGCAAAGAGUGGCUCACAUCAUUGAAUGCCUACUCUGCAAUGAAGACUUCAAGCGCCUGGAUCAUUCAACUUGGACUUUGCAGCCCGAGACUUUGCUGCAGCAAAUUCGUGACACCAUACAAUCCACAAGGGGGCAGCAUCUCCUCUAUCAAGAAUAAGAUGAGCCAUGAUAUCUCAACAAUGUACCCAUCAACUGGAAAUAGCUUGAAUGAAAAGUGCCAAUUUGUAUAAAUGUUAAGAGAUCGUAUUUAAGGUAUUGCUUCAUCUUUGGUUUGAGAGGGAUUGCAAUUUCAAAUAAUGCUAGUGAAUGUUAAGAGUUUUUUUUGCACUGAAUGAUGAAAAAGGAAAUAAAAACUUGAUGGAG